AUGGACGACAGGAAUAUGGAUUCAAGCUGUUCUACAUUUACCGAUGUGUCGAGUGACCACUCUAAGAGUAUAAUACACAUAGACGUGGAUUGUUUUUACGCUCAAGUAGAGAUGGUGCAGAAACCAGAACUGCGAUGUUUUCCGCUAGGAAUCCAACAGAAAAACAUCGUUGUAACCAGUAAUUACGAAGCCAGGAAGUACGGUAUACGAAAGUGCAUGCUCGUGUCUGAUGCUUUAAAAGUGUGUCCGAAUUUGAAACUUGUUAACGGCGAAGACUUACACGAUUACAGAGCGGCGUCCAAUAAAAUAUUUACAGUUUUACAAACGUUUAAGUGUCCAGUGGAGAAGUUAGGAAUGGAUGAAAAUUUUAUUGAUGUCACAAAUAUAGUACAAGAAAGAAUAAAAAAUGUUAAUUUAAAAAGCAUCACAGUCUCAGGUCAUUUAUACACCGAGUCCAACACAGAGUGUGUGUGUGGUUGCCAUGCAAGACUGAAAGUAGCAUCACAAAUAGCCUCUGAAAUGAGGCAUAAAAUUUACGACGAAUUAGGUUUUACUACUUGCGCUGGGAUAGCACACAAUAAACUGUUGGCUAAACUUAUAUGUCCUUUAAAUAAGCCUAACGAUCAAACAACUAUUUACCCCGAGCAUGGCGUCAGUUUUAUGUCUACCUUGCAAAGUGUCCGCUCAAUACCAAGUAUAGGUUCCAAAACUACAGAAGCCCUCAUCUCUCAAAAAAUUAUCACUGUGAGGGAUUUACAAGAAGUUUCUAUAGAAGUAUUGAAAAAGCAUUUUAGUUCUGAUAUGGCAGUGAGACUUAAAAACUUAAGUGUGGGUGAAGAUAAUACUCCAAUUAAACAAACAGGCAGGCCUCAGAGUAUAGGUUUAGAAGAUAGCUUUAAGACUGUAAGUGUUAAGAGUGAAGUCGAAGAAAAAUUUCAAGCAUUGCUUCAAAGGCUGUUGAUUCUAGUGAGAGAAGACGGACGCAUUCCAGUAUCACUAAGAGUGACUUUAAGGAAAAAAGAUGUGAAAAGAUUAAGCAGUCACAGAGAGUCGAGACAGUGUCAAGUAUCUCCAUCCAUCUUCACAAUCACCAACGGAACACUCACAGUUACUGAUUCUGGUAGGCAGAAGUUGAUGAGCAUAAUAAUGAGAUUAUUUAACAAAUUAAUUGAUCUAUCAAAACCAUUCCAUUUAACUUUAGUGGGUUUGGCAUUCACAAAGUUCCAGGAGCGCAUGACAGGUAGAGGGUCUAUUGUCAAUUAUUUAAUGAAUGAUAUAUCGGUCCAAUCUGUACUCAAUAUUACAAACGACUGUGAUACUUCAGCUUCUUCUAUGGAUUAUUCAGCUGCAUCACCUAGUAGUAGUACCACCACUGAUCUUUCUGAUGGUGAAGUAGAACCAUCACCUAAGAAACCUAAAAAGGGAACUUGGAUAGCUAAAAGACGUUGCUUAUCAAAGGAAGAAGUUGCAUCUCCUAGUAAACUUAAAGUAGGCGAGUUGAGGCUCAAUUCUAAAGAACUAGAAAAGGUUUCUGAAUUAAGACUAAAUUCCAGAGACAGGUCACUCACCCCUAGAGCGAGUCCCGCAAAGGACAAUCUCUCGGAUACUUCAGAUACUGCAAAGGACUCAGCUGACAGUAAAUGUGACAUUUGUCCUAGUUAUGUAGAUAAGGAAGUCUUCAAUGCUCUCCCUGAAGAAAUGCAACAAGAACUGAAAGCUAUGUGGAAGAAUCCCUCCAGUUCAGGGGUCAGAAGUAGCCCCAGAACAUUGAACAAAGCUAAACCGAACACUCUCUUAAAAUAUUUUGUUCCAAACAAAUAG